CAUCCUUUUUCCCUAAAAAGAAAAAAGAGAGAGAAAUGCCAUACGGCUGUUCUGGAACCAACGGCGCCGCCGAUGCGUGAAACCCUAAGCUUGAAGCGAGAGAGGAAGAGGAGGAGAGGCGCGACGACCAGUCUAGAUCUAGAGGGAUGACCUGUAUGCUGCUGCGCGGGUCCGCCUUCCGCCGUGCGGUACCGAGCGCGGCAGAAAGAUUGGCCGUCGCGCUCUCGGCUUCGCAUCCCCGUAGCCUAUUGCAUGCCUCUGCUCGAGCCAGGUCUUCGCUAGAGGAGCUUGAUGCACUAUGUGAGUUGGUUCGAGCAACAGAUGUUUCCUCAGUGGGAACCGAUCUUCUUGAGCGCAUUGUUGAAUGCUGUUCGAAUGCUCGUAAGGAGUUUGUGCAGAAGGAAAUGCGAAAGACGUGGAUGAUUGGUGCUGCAACAGUAGGUGGUUUCUUCGUUGGAUGCUUGACGAGAACAAGGAAUAUUGAUAACAAGAGAAAGGGAGAGCUCACGAAGGAAACUUGUGAGAACCUCCCAAAUGAAUAGUUUAUUGAACUCCGGAAUCCAGGUAUUGUCGUUGCACCUUCACUUUGCACCAUGUAUUGAAAAACCGAUCUCUUUGCACUAGUGGGGCCACUCGAGGUAGGAGGAAACCAAACCAUUUAUUUCCCUGGCCCAUUAGACAGUGUCCAGAGAGGCUGCCUUGUCAGCACCACACAUCCUAGAACCAAGUGGCAGCCUUGCUAUUUCCUGGUCGCUCUGUAGCUCUUUCCCCUUUCUCUCCUUGGUAGCUUUGUUUGCUGCCGCUACCUAUGUUUGUGACCACCCUCAGCGUUGCUGGCUACGUUCCUUUCCCUGUGGCAGUUACCUUUCCCUGUGGCAGUUACGUUUCCAGGUUGGUUUUCUUUUUAACCAGUGCAAAGUCCUAAAUUAGAUGUGGCCUCACUUGUGCAAAGCGAUUGUUUUUUCAAUACCUGAUGCAAAUUGACAAAGCAACAACAAUAUCUGUUCAGAAGUGCAAUAAUCUCAAAUAAAUAGGACCUAAGAGGCUCAGAGCUUUCAUGCCGUUGGAUACAUAGCUAGCUUAAUUAAGGAAGUGUGUGCCUUGCAGUCAAACCCAACAGCUGUCCGUAUAUAGCUGUUAGCUGAAGGGGCUGAGUAUACCUGUGUCCAAAGUCUACCCGUCCAUUUGAUUUGUGAUGAAUAAAAAAUUGGAUAUGCUUCAAUUCAGAUAUAUCCUGGUUAUGUGGUUAAUUUCUAUUCUAAUCGAAAUAGAUCGAGGGAGAAUGAACCAA